GGCCCCGUUGCCUGCCCCGGUUGUUUGUGCAGCCCCCUGGUGUUUGACCUGGCGCUCAGGGUGCGGGUGGCGGGGGGGGAGGGUGCAGGCGGCGGGGAUGAGGAUGGGUGGCAGAUCCUGCACGUGUACGGCAGCCCCAAUACCAACCUCACAGCGCUGUCCAGCGACGGCACCGUCAUGAAGGUGCACACCCUGUUCCCCUCCCCCAAGAGCGAGGAGGGCAUCAAGGGCGGCGUGGUGCUGCUGCGCAUGCGGCGCCCCGCCGACGCCGCCACGCCGCUGGUGCUGGAGGCCAGCUACGAGGACAGGGAGGGGAACAAGUUCAGCUCGGUGCGUACCGUGGAGGUGCCCGCCAAGGUACUGCAGGAUGGCGCCGCCGAAUACUACCAGUCCAGCGGGGUGCAGAAGGCGGUGGCACUCGCCCGCUACACAGACAUCCUUCACGGCUGGCUGCUGGACCAGUGGGCUUCGGUGGACCCCGGCCAGCCCAUCGUGAUUCCGCAGUGCGACUGUACCUCCUUCCCCGCCUGGUACUGCCCCGUACCCGUGGACCUCUACUCCGCCCAGCCCACCGCUGACGGCUGCGCGCUGGAGCGCUGGCUGCUGCCCGACGCGUGCCUGCUGCCGCCGCCGCCCCCGCUCUGGCCCCCGCUGCUGGGGCGCUGGGAGCGGCAGAGCCAGCCGCUGGCGGUCAACGCGCAGGCGGCGGCGGCGCUGGGCGAGUUCCUGCCCUACUUUGAGGGGCAGGUGGAGGCUGUGGGGGACCCCUCCCUGGGGCAGGAGGUGGAGGUGCUGAAGAAGCUGGUCGCCGCCUGAGGGAAGCGAACAGACACCGAGGCCCUGCUGCUGCCGCCGCACCAGCAGCUGGUCCGCGCACGCAUGUACCUGUUUGAUUUUUUACAUGUACCGGUUUUGUUGCAUGAUUCUUCGCCCGAUCCCAUCGAUUCAUCCACACAACAUGGCAUCUGUUUGCUAAAGUUUUCCAGCCC